AUGGCGAUCGUUGGACUCAAAGGUGACCAAGAACAAACAAAUGCCAUUGCUUCUAAUAAAGGUAAUGUCACAAUUGUAACGCUCUCUAACUCUAGUCAAGGUAUAUACGAAGAAGGGAAAGAAAAACAAGAUAACACCAAUAAUAAGGGAGGAGGAGGAGGAGGAGGGGGAGGUGGGGAAGGGGAAUGGGGUGGCGGAGGGGGAGGAGGUGGCGGAGGUGGAUGGGGAUGGGGUUGGGGAGGAGGGGGUGGUGGAUGGUGGAAAUGGGGGUGUGAAGGUAAAAGGAGCAGCAUAUCCGAUAAUAAUAAGGUGGAAGAUUAUAUUGCGGGAGAGUUUGCAGAAUGCAUGACUAAAACACGAUGCAAAGGAAUGAGAUUAGAAUGUCCUCUUCAUUGUGGUGGACCAUGUUACUAUGAUUGUCACCAUAUGUGUAAAGCUCAUUGUCGCCGACCCUGAAACAAAAUGCAUCCCUUAUUUUUGAUACCUUAGGUCUUUUGUUUUCUUGUACCCUAGAUCUUUUUAUAUGUUCACUAUGUUUUCUUAGCAUGCAUGUGCUAUUUACCAAACCGUAUUUGUUUUCAGUGUUGAUUAUGUUUCUUUUAUUCAUCAAUAUUAGAGAGAUUGUGGUU